UUAAGAACACAAAUUUAAAAAGUAUUUUUUUUUAAAACUUCCGUGCCGAGACUAAAAAAGAAGAAGAGCAAAUCACUACAUACUAUUGCUCAGUUGAAGAUUCUUCCCUUAAUCUGCAAUUUUAAUCAACCUUUUCAGAUUCUGAUAAAAAAAUUAAUUUUCUUCAACAGAUACAAAUUUAAUUAGGGUUAGGGUUUUUCAUAUGCAGAAGUAUAUAUAAAUGGAAGCGGCAAAUACGAGGGCAAUAGGGUUUGAGGAGGAGUAUAUGAAUGUAGCAAUUCGAGUGGAUGAAUAUGGAGGUGGAGGAUUUAAUGCUGAUGAUAUCAGCGGUGGCUGUGAGAGUAGCGGUACUGAAGAAUUGCAACACGUGUGCUCCUCUGUGCCGCCUCUUUCUGCUUGCCCUGUAGUAGAUAGCGACGGCAGAGUUUUAGCGGCUAUGCCUAUGCCCUCGCGGAGGACUAGUGAGCUUACUAUUUCUUUCGAAGGCCAAGUCUAUGUAUUCCCUGCUGUUACUCCUGAUAAGGUGCAAGCGGUACUGCUAUUAUUAGAAGGGUCUGAUAUGGCUAGUUAUGUACCUAGCUCACAUUCUCUUGCACUGGAAACUAUCAAGAGUGUUGAUAACGAUGCCCCCACCAGGCCAAAUAUUUCUCGGAGAAUCGCAUCUCUGAUUAGAUUCCGUGAGAAGAGAAAAGAGAGAUGCUUUGAGAAAAAAGUCCGUUACACUUGUCGGAAAGAAGUUGCACAGAGGAUGCAUCGUAAAAAUGGGCAAUUUGCCUCUUUAAAAGAUGGUGAAAAGACGUAUGCUGGCAAUAUUGAUUCUGGUGACAGCAUUCCUCAUCCUGAACCUACACUAAGAAGAUGUCAACACUGUGGUAUUAGUGAAAGUGAGACACCUGCAAUGCGGCGGGGCCCAUCAGGCCCUAGAACCCUCUGCAAUGCCUGUGGGCUUAUGUGGGCGAACAAGGUAUUGCACAGUGGAUCUGCUUGUUCUUUCUGCCCCUCCCCCCAACCAAAAAAAAUAAGAUUUCUCAAACUCACACUUCUUAUGCUUUCCUCUUUUAAUCACAGAGGUUAACUUUGUCUAUAGUAAUUAUCGUUUA